AUGGCAGAGCGCGCGUUCCGCUUCCGCGACGGCGUCGCAAUCGCUCAAAUCGCCGUCUUCUCCGUCUUCCUCGUCUUCGGCAUCCUCUUCAAAUUCCAAAAGAGGAUGGGCUGGUUCGGAAUCUCCUUCAUCUCAACGAUACGCAUCGUCGGCGCGGGCUGCAUGCUCGGCACCAUGUUCAACAGCUCGACGGGUCUCUGGGCGACCAUUUUUGUCUGCGAAUCCUUGGGUCUGGUACUUCUCACAUUUGUGUUGUUGGACCUGUUGAAAAGAGUAAACCACUUCGUCCAGGUCCUCACGCCCUGGCACUUCCGCAUCCCGGAGCUCAUCUGCUGGGCCGGCCUCGCUAUAUCCAUCGCCGACUAUGUCGUCGCCAGCAAGAAGAAGGAAAACGCCAUGGCGCCCGGGUCGCUGACCAAGGCUGGGGUGGGCCUCUUUGCCGCGCUCUAUUUCUGGGGGGUCCUUCUUUACGUCUGGCUGGCGCAGAAGUGGAAAUUGGUUCCCGAAGGCGAGAAGAGGUCCAUGAUUGGCUUUGGGGCCUCUUUCCCAUUCAUGGUCGUCCGCAUUGCGUAUACGAUAUCGUACGUCAGUACUGGAGACGAUAAGUUUAGCGCUGUGAAGGGGGAUACGGCGACGUAUCUUGGCAUGACUGUCUUGAUGGAGUUUGCUAUUCUUGGGGUUGUGGUCUGGACCAUCAUGGGACUGGAAAGGCUGCAUAUGCAUGAAAAGGUUGGACAGGGCGAGGACAAAGGGGUCAGCAUGGAUGACCUGGUUGGGCCGAGGUCAAGGAGUCGCGAAGAGGGGUUGAACAUAACUGAUGGAGAGCGGAGAGUAUAG